GGGCUAAUUUUGUGGGCUCGUCACAAAAUUCUAAAGCCCGUUUUAAUUCGAAACUCCGGUGCGAUUCGGCCCCUUGUGCUUGGUAUUGAUUCAAUGUUGAGCACACACCGACCCCCGCUGGGAAAAUACACACAGUGGGUGAUUGGUCGCUUAGAUUUCAAAUUGAAGCCUCGUAUCAGGAUUGUUUGGACAACUGGAACAGAAAUGUUGAAAACCAGGAAAGUUGCCGGUAGGGGAGAUGCAAUAUCUUCACAUUACGCUUUUGGUCAACUUGAAGAUGAUACAAUUAUCAAACACAGGCUUCUCACGCGCACAACUACCACAAGGGGUGAACCUCCACUGAAAAAACUUCAGAAGAAGUUUACCUCAUAUGCUCUUGAGAUUGAGAAAGAUGCAGACAACAGCAAUGAUUGUGAACGGCUAGCAAAAGCCUUCUUACAGGAGCUUACAACUUUUGAACUACCACUUCUUAAGAGCAAGGCUGUUAUUGAUGCAAAUUUAAGAGAGAAGGAGAAUUUUAAUGAGCUGAAGGCUGAGAUAAAUAGGCAAAUAAUACAGGCAGAGGAUGAUAUAGAAGACUUGAAGAAACAACUAGAAGAGAGCAAGGUGGAAAGGCAGCACAAGGAGGAGUGUGAGACAAUUAGGAAAUUAAUUGCUAUGCAGCCACCAAGAUCAGAGACACAAAAAGUUCUUACGGACCUUGAAAAAGAAAUUGCUUUGUUGGAGGCAGAAAAUAUAUCUGGCUCAAGGACGCUGGAGCUUCGGAAGAAACAGUUCGCUCUUCUAUUGCAUGUGGUGGAUGAGUUACAGAACACCAUAGAGGAAGAACCGAGGAGUUUGAUGGAGGAGAUGAGAAAUGCAAUGGAAGAUCAUAAGAAUGGAAUUGAGGAUGCUAGUUGUGGUCCAGAUGCAAUGGCUGUUGACUAGCAAGGUGUCUCUGAAUGAUAUGGUUUACAUUUUGGUUGUGGUGGAUGUUCAGGAUAACCUGUUAGCUGGGCUUUUUCAAAAAAUGUAUGUAUUUUUCUGACUUUAGUUUCUUGCUUCUCUAUGUUUGUAAACUCUAAGCUUCUAAUUUUUUUCUUUCUUUUCUAAUUAAGUUUAGGUCAAUUGCAAAAGUUUGUGUUUCUAUUUCUGUAUGUUCUAAACCAUAAACCAGAUGUGUAAUUUUUGUGCAAGGGGUUAUCAUAUUGAUGUGUUUAUGAACGUUA